AUGAAUGGAAAUAAUAAAAAACAAAGGUCAAAAGAAGAUAAGGAGGAUAUAAAGAUGAAAAUGAAUGGAAGUAAUAAAGAAUGGAGAAGGUUAAAAGAAAGUAAGAAUAAGAUAGGGAAGGUAGAAUGUAGCGAAUGA